AUGGGCACCUUCACCGCCGCAUCCAUCAUCUGCGCCUACGAGAACAUCGCCGAGGAUCUAGGAGUGUCCCUCCAGCGGGCGAGUUACCUGACCUCUCUACAGAUCGCCGUUCUCGGGGGAGCUCCGUUGUUCUGGAAACCGCUCUCUCAGCGCUUUGGUCGACGCCCGAUCUUCCUGCUCUCGCUGGUGGGAAGCUGUGUGUGCAACAUUGGCUGUGCUAAGAGUCCCGAUUAUGCCUCCAUGGCAGCGUGUCGUGCCUUGGUCUCGUUCUUCAUCUGCCCGGCCUUUGCGCUCGGGAGCGCGGUGGUGGCCGAGACCUUCUUCCAGCAUGAACGCGCCAGAUAUAUGGGAGUGUGGACGGUGCUGGUCACGCUUGGGGUGCCAAUCGGUCCAUUCAUAUUUGGAUUCGUUACCCAACGCGUAGGAUAUCAGUGGAUCUAUUGGGUGUUGGCCAUUACAAACGGCUGCCAGCUCAUCUUGUAUAUCUUUUUCGGCCCCGAAACCCGCUACGUCGGCGAUGGCGUACAGUCGAGCGCGUCCGCCUUCAAGCGGGAGUAUCUGAGCAUCCGACGAAUCGAUCCUACCCCGUUAAAACUGUACGAGUUUGUCCAGCCGCUCGCCCUCUUCACCAACAUCCCCGUCCUACUCGCCGCUUGCGCAUACGCCAUGGUCUUCCUAUUCGCUUCUGUCCUGGCAUCGGUGGAGGUCCCGCAACUCCUCCAAAGCAAGUUUGAGCUGAACGCCCAACAACUGGGCCUACAAUUCCUCGGAUUGAUCAUUGGAUCCCUACUGGGCGAGCAGUUGGGCGGUAUCAUGUCGGAUGUAUGGAUGAACACCCGGGCGCGCCGCAUCAAGCACCGGCCGGCGCCCGAGUAUCGGCUCUGGCUGAGCUAUGGUGGAUUUCUGCUCUCCAUCGCAGGCGUGACGGUGUUCUUGGUGUGCACUGAGCAAGCCACCGCCGGGAAGUGGACGGUGGUGCCGGUUGUGGGGACUGGAAUUGCGGCCUUUGGUAACCAAGUUGUGACCACCGUUCUCACGACUUAUAGUGUGGACACCAUGGCGGCUGGGAAAGCGUCGGCGGGAGAUGCCGGCUCGGUCGGGGUGUUUAUCAACUUCGUGAGGUCCACAUGGGGGUUCAUUGGACCAUUCUGGUUUCCGGCCAUGUUUGAGAGUGUCGGCGUCGCGCGUAGUGCAGGAGUGAUCGCGGCGUUGAUCAUGGGGGUGAGCUUCAUUCCGAUCGCGCUAUUGCACUGGCAAGGGAAAAGAUGGUAUGCACAUGGUAGUGAUGAGUGA